ACGCGAGGGAAAAGAGCUGCUUUAAGUGAGUGGGAAAGUAAAUGGGAUGAAAGCUCAAGCCACUAGGUCAGCAGGUUGAACAUUCAAAGCUUCUUAACUGUAGCAGGUGGAAGGAGGAAGAGCUAGAGGAGGAGGAGGAAGCACCCUGGACUGCGCGCGGAGUGUGGAAAGACCUCAGUGGUCUUAUCAUCAUUUACCUGUGCCACAUUUUCUUUGCUCGUUUUCACGCGGUGUCUUCACGAUGGACACAUGGACAGUGUAAAGAAAGCGUCACCAAACAUGGGAAGGAUGUUCCGUACGCACAGACCAAGUGCGCAAAUGUCUGCUAUGAGAAUGGAUAGAGACCGAAAGAGUUGGCACUCCUGGGAGAGCACGAGUGCGGACAGAAGGAGUGCUGCUAGGGCGAUGAUAAGGGAUGUAGAGCGCGGACAGCACUGGACCGUAAUUGUCCUGCUCUCGCUCGCGCUGCAGCCGCAGGUUGUCUGUGCGGUGGGCACAUUUGAGGUCCAGAUUCGACAGUGGCUAAACCCUCAGGGCUUUCUACAGAAUGGUCAGUGCUGUGACCCCCAGGCCAGUGGGGGACAGCGCUGCUCAUCAGGUGAUCAGUGUGACACCUUCUUCAAGGCCUGUCUGAAGGAGUACCAGGCUCGGGUUGCACCAACCGGCACCUGUACAUAUGGCACUGGCAGCACAUCUAUCCUGGGUGGCAACUCCCACACCUUACAUCACCAUGGAAAUGAGGGAAGCGAUACCAGAAAUGGACGAAUUGUUAUCCCAUUUAAAUACGCAUGGCCAAAAUCGUUUUCUCUGGUGAUCGAGGCUCUGGACCAUGACAAUGAAACAUCAGAGGCAGGUAGGGAGGAAUUAAUAGAGCGAGUGCUGCUGUCCUCCAUGCUGAACCCAGGUGAGCAGUGGCAGUCCUUCCGGCAUCACGGCCGCACAUUCACUCUGGAAUACCGCCUGCGAUUCCGCUGCGACACCAAUUACUACGGCCCACUCUGCAACAAACUCUGCCGAGCACGAGAUGACUUUUUUGGCCAUUUCGACUGUGAUCCUUCUGGUACUAAGGUGUGUAAGGAGGGCUGGACUGGAGCAGAGUGCAGACAGGCGGUGUGUAAGCAGGGAUGUCACUUGGAACACGGCUCCUGCGAUCUGCCCGGAGAGUGCAAAUGUCAUUACGGCUGGAAGGGUGAUCUGUGCGAUGAGUGCGAGACGUUUCCUGGGUGUGAUCACGGCACUUGCACUGAACCCUGGAAGUGUGUGUGUGACACAAAUUGGGGCGGCCUGCUCUGUGACAAAGAUCUGAAUUAUUGUGGUAACCAUCAGCCAUGCAAGAACGGUGGUACAUGUACCAACACCGAACCCAACGAGUAUCUGUGUGUGUGUCAGGAGGGUUUCCGUGGCCGCAAUUGUGACAUCGUGGAGCACGCCUGUCUCUCCUCUCCAUGUGAGAAUGGUGGAACAUGUGUUGAAAACCCAACAGGCUUCAGCUGCAUGUGUGCGCUGGGCUGGACGGGACCCUCCUGUUCCUCCGCAGUGUUGCAGUGUGACUCCAGUCCUUGUGGGCGUGGGGCCACGUGUCAAGAGACGCCGCAGGGCUUCCAGUGUGUGUGUCCUCCGUUCUGGACCGGCAGAACCUGCCAGCUCGACACUAAUGAAUGUGAGACUGGUGUGUGUGUCAAUGCCCGUUCCUGCCGUAACCUGAUUGGAGGAUAUUUGUGUGACUGCCUUCCCGGUUGGUCAGGACCAAACUGUGACAUUCGGAACAGUAGCUGCCAGGGCUUGUGUCUGAAUGGAGGACACUGUAAGGACUCUCUGUGUGUGUGUUUGCCGGGUUUCUCUGGUAAACUGUGCCAGACAGCAGUAAACGCCUGUGACAGCAACCCUUGUGUAAAUAGAGGACAGUGUGUGGAGCGUCAGGGUGGCAGAGGCAUGUUCUGCAGCUGCCCACGGGGAUACACUGGCACCUACUGUGAGGCAGAACUUGAUCUUUGUAAUCCCAACCCCUGCCCCAAGGGGGUGCCAUGCCAUAGUACAGAAGGAGGCUACAAGUGCACUUGUCCUGAGGGUUACUUUGGAAAUGAGUGCCUGAGUCUGAAGGAUCCAUGCCAUGAACCCCACUGCCAAGGUGCCGUGUCAGACCCAGGUGGAUUUGGGUUCAGUGUGUAUAUGGUGUUGGUGGGUGUAUUUGCCCUGCUUGUGGCAGGCAGCUGCUCUGUGUGCGCAGUACUGCUGUCCCGCCUGCACCGCCGCCACCGGACCAAAGCGCAGCUACGCACUUCAGCGCCUGAAGACAAUGCCAUUAACAACCAGCGGCAGUUCUGCACUCUCAUCCGUAACCUCGACCACAGCGUGGCCCUGCUGCCUCCUGCUCAAUCAGUGCCCACUGGGUCCAUGCCAGUGCUCUGCAGUGAAGAGAUUGAACUUACACUUCCUCCCUCACCUGCGCCCUCUCCAGCUCUAAAACCAGCCCACGGGCCCAAGCUGGACAUUUGCAACCGCGAACGGGAAAAACUAAACCGUUUCCACUAUGCAGAGAACCAGGAACUGGAGGUGUGACCGCACUUUGACCGCUGGGAAGGAACCAGACUUCUUGGUUCGGAUGGUCUGUUGUGGUUGAUGUAUCUUAAUCAACCUCUGCUGGUGAACCUUGACCUCUGAGCUCUGCGUUAUAGAGAUCUGAGAGGGUUGAAACUGGGAAGGGAAUUUUGGCACAGUCACAGGCUGAAGAAACUGUACUGACAGACAGGGUCUAAAAUUUUUACACACUUGCCAAUGGUGGGUAAACUGAGAAUAUUUAACCAUAAUUUAGCCAUAAAUAUUACGUAACGGUCAUGAAAUUGUAUUUAUUUUCAUAAAUUUCCCAUUUGAAUUAUUUAACAUUUUUCAUGAGAUGAAACUGCACUGAUAUAAAAAUGUAAUAUAACAAAAUAUGUGACUCUGGACCACAAAACCAGUCUUAAGUCACUGGGGAAUAUUUGUAGCAAUAGCCAACAAUACAAUGUAUGGUUCAGAAUUAUUGAUUUUUCUUUUACGCCAAAAAUCAUUAGGAUAUUAAGUAAAGAUCAUGUUCCAUGAAGAUAUUUUGUUAAUGUCCUACUGUAAAUAUAUAAAAACUUAAUUUUUGAUUAGUAAUAUGCAUUGCUAAGAACUUCAUCUGGACAACUUUAAAGCCGAUUUUCUCAAUAUUUAGAUUUUUAUAGACCCUCAGAUUCCAGAUAUUCAAAUAGUUGUAUCUCGGCCAAAUACGGUCCUAUCCGAAUACAAAACCAUACAUCAAUGGAAACCUUAUAUGUAUAUAUCUCAGUUUCAGAGAAGUGACCUUUAUGACUUGUUUUGUGGUCCUGAGCAUCACAAAAUUCUGAUCAUUCUCAUACACUGCGUGUUCGAGGACACGCAACUCGCGAUUUAUUUAGUAGACAGAUUUUAAUCGCUCACAUAAUUUAUAUCAGUAAGGAUGAGAUUAUCAAAUGUAAAAUUCAAUUUAAAACAUUUACUUUAUUUACCCCCAAGCCAUUUUACGCACAUUUUGCACUUGGCGAGUGUUAAUUUUGGAUCCUGUCUGGUCUUUUGGAAAAUGUGUUUGAAAGAACAGCAAGUGUUUCAAGGCCAGCAAUUCAACUUCUUUGAAUCCUGGAUAUUUAAGCGUAUUUUAUUGUGUUUACACUUGUGCCCUAUAUAUUUGUACACAUUUGUUUGAUUGUAAGUGUGCGUGUGUUUGUGAGCGUGUAAGUCUAUAUGUAUGACUGUGUUUGUGGACGAUUUGCCAUAAAUUUCCACAAAGCCAUGCACAUUAUUGGAACUCCCUGACUUUUAUUUACUUCUGUAAAAACAGUAUAUUAGUGUCUGUGAUUGACAUUUGAAGGAAUUAUGGAGAAAGAUAGCAGCGCGGACUGAAAAAGUGCCAGGUGACAUCUUUAAAAAUCUCAUUAAUUAUUGCCUGUCAUGUUGGAGAUGUACAAUUUUUUAUAAUACUUGGAUGUAUAUAGCGCCAUUGUACAUAUUUUGUACAUAAUUUUUGCCAUUUUUGUAUGCUGACUUCUUGCAAAAUAUCGCCAUUUUAAUUUCCUGGUUUCACUAUUUCCACUCAAGACGGUAUUUGCCGCAAGAUCGAAUUGUAAUUAAAGUGCAUUUAUCAACCAAAGCAUGUGUUUCUGUGCGUGUAUGCAUUAACGGUAUUGUACAGCAUUUGGUAUAUCAGGGUGUGUGUGUUUGGUAAUCUUGUUCUGUAUUACUGACGCUUCCAUAUUGUUUAAUUGCCAUUUGGUAAGCUGUGUGAAGUCAAUAAAAGGAAAUCUGGUCACAGAGCGUCCUGC